AUGUUUGUCCUUGCUAGCCAGAUAUCUCCGAUGAAUACCAGGCAGGCUAUUAGACUACGGGUGGUGCGAGCAUAUCAGAUUCCUGAGAGAAGUGAUCCAUCGAAGUUUAGAUCAAAAGAGGUUGUUUUUCAUGAUGAAGAGGGGUCCUUCUUGCAUGCUCAUAUACCCAAAGAGUACGUGGAAAAGUACCUCAGCAGUUUUGCUGAAGGUUCAGUAUAUGCUAUAAAAAAUUUUUGUGUUAUCACCAAUUUUUACUCAUACAAAACCAGCCCACAGAAGUACAUGAUAAAAUUUAACUACAAGGCUGUGGUUAAGGAUUUAAAGCAUGUUAAAUUUCCUAUGAAAAUGUAUCGGCUGAAGACCUUUAGAGAGAUCAAGUCUAAUGAAGGCCUUGAUGAGAAAAUCUUAUUUGAUGUUAUUGGUCAAGUGAUUGAAAUACACUGCCCACAGGAGAAACUAAUCAAUGGCAAGAACUCCAGGCUGAUUGACUUCACCAUUGAAGAUACUGAUGGAAUACAACUAAUGUGUACUUUGUGGGAUGAACACGUAAGCAAAAUUGAGGCAUUCUACAAUUCUACUACACAAGAGCCAUUAUUGGUGUUGAUACAGUUUUGUAGGGCUAGGGUGUGUCUAAAAAGUGGUGAUGUCAAGAUUUGCAGCUCCUAUGAUGUAACACAGCUGCUAUUCAACCAAGAAUCUCCCCCAUUUGAGGAGUUCAGGAAAAGUAUUAGCCAAGAACAGACUCCAAUGCGCAGUAUAAUUUCCCAGUCAAGUUUUAAGGAAUGUAGCUCCUAUUCAGUUUCCCUAUCUGCUGAUAUGGAAGUUCGUACUAUCAAUGACAUCUACAGAGACAAGGAGUUUGACGAUUUUUGGGUGGCAACAAGGAUUGUAUUCAUUGAUGAUCCAGAGUGGUACUAUGCUUCGUGUAGAACAAAGGGGUGCAACAAAAAACUGAAACUCAAAGGAAAGUGGCUAUGGUGUAGUACAUGUGACAGAAAUUGGGGUGACGGGACACUCAGGUACAAAAUUAAGGUUAGGGUUGUGGACUUGGAUGGCAAUGCUCCUUUCCUUCUAUGGGACAGGGAGUGCCUCGAUCUACUUGGAAUUACCGCGGAUGAUCUGAAGGAUACCCAUACUAAGGGAAGGAAGGGUCUACCUAAGGAGCUCGAGACUCUAAUUAGACUGAAUCUCCUAUUUCGAAUUGCCGUUCGCAAAGAACAGUUCCAGAAUUAUCUCAAUGCUUUCCCUGUUAUGAGGAUCAUCAUUGACGAAAAGAUUGUAGAAAAGCAUUGCCCAGAACUAAUAGGAGUAAGGGACAGGGAUCUCAGUUCAAAGUUGGAGUUGGAGCUUACAGAUGAGGACCUAUGGGAUCUAGAGGAAGCAGACCAAGCAAAUGAAGCUGAAAGUCCACUCCAAGUUGUUGCACAGAGACUCACUACAGAGAAUAGUGUUGAGAAUGGAACAAUGUAUGGUAAAAGAGGUCAAGAGAUGGCUGACAUGGCAGAAAAAAAUGAAGAAGAUGGCAGAGGUAUCACUAAAAAUGGAAGCUGA